UCAUCAUCUGGUCCACGCUCAUGGCUUUUUUACACACUCAAAAAUAAAAUAUCUAGCCGGUGGAUGUUCCCCACAGAGUUAUCCUUUCUUUACUUCCGCCAUUAUUUCUGUGAGAAAGUGAAAGUUCGCGUACCAGUUGUAAGCAAUACGGAAAUGGCUGUUUUUUGAGAAGGAAGGUCAAUGCAUACUGAAGCCAGCUGGUACAGAAACUAAUUAGUCCAAGGUCAAGGAGGAUUCGAAAAUGUUUAGCUUUAUGAAAAAAGACAAGGAGAAGGACAAGAAAAAAGAGGAGAAAGUAGACAAGAAAAAGAAAGAUGAUAAGGGGGAUAAGAAAGAAAAAGAAAAGAAAGAAAGGCAGAACAUCACAGUGGAGGAAAUGACUCGGCUAGAAGACUUGAAGAAAGGCGUGUUCAGGCGAUUCAGUGACCGGGAGAAGAAGAAAUCCAAAUCUGCUGAGCAUCCGGAACUGCCCAGUCCCUCUGAGAGCGAGGGCAGCAGCGGGUCAUCCACCAGAACCAGUCCAGUCAAAGAGGCCAGACCGUUGACCAAACCCCAACCGCUGCCUAGGCAGCAACUCCCCAGCGUGUCCAAGAAUCCGCCACCCGCUGUUUUACCCAAGCCGAAGGUGAAGAGCAUCCUGAAAGGGAAAGGGGAGGGGUCUGUCGGCUUGACACCAUCAGACCUAGAUGACACCAAACUUCUGCAGGAGAACACCAAAAGAAACGAAGACCUGUUUGUUGAAACCAGCAUUACCAAAGUUUCCGCAGCGCCGACGGCAGCACAAAUUAAACCAGACAUUCCGAUAACCCCGCCCGAGGAGGAGGUAGAGGUGGUGAAACCGGAGCCGUACGCCUCAAAGCUGAAACUACCUGCCAUCAUUCCGGUCAAGGCGCCCCGUAUUCGGGAGAUCACUGUCAAGAGGAACCAGGCGGGAGGGUUCGGGUUUAGCCUGCGUAAAGGUGUGAUUCCAGGGCAAGGGGGAGGGGAACCAAAGGUCGUGACCUUCGCUGAACCAGGAAGUGGUCAAGGCAAUAACAUAACGGGGCUCCUGCCAGGUGACCGUCUGGUGGAGGUCAACGGCCAGAACAUUGAAAACCUGUCCAGGGAGGACAUUGUUGAGGUCAUCAAAAAGUCACCUGACACGCUGACCUUGAAAGUGCAGCCCAUUGCGGAGCUGAUAGAGUUGAGUGUGCGGCCCAAUCGUGACGGGACCACCACGGACAUCCAGGAAGAUGCGGCCAAAAGUGGGACACUGAAACGUACAGGCAGCCUGCGCUACAAGAAGGGGGCCAGGUCAGAAGACGAUGUCAAGUCUGAGAAAGAAUGGCUGGACACCGAGAAGGUUUGGCUCAUGCACCGCGGAGGGUUCUCAGAGGUGUAUCUGCUUAAAUCUGAUGGCACACUAGGGGAGGGCAAAGUGCGGGUCAGGCUUGAGACAGGGGACAUCAUCGAGGUGGACGAGGAUGACAUUGAGAAGGCCAACCCACCCCAGUUUGACAGAGCUGAGGACUUGUCCUCCCUGCGCUACCUCAACGAGUCCAGCGCCUUGCACACUCUACGCCAGCGGUACGCAGCAAACCUCAUCCACACGUACGCUGGGCCACAUCUUGUCAUUAUAAAUCCCGUACAGCAGCUGCCCAUAUAUGCUGACAAGAUCAUUCAGAUGCUGAAGGGCUGCAAGCAGGAGGACAUGCCCCCCCAUGUGUUCUCCAUGGGCCAGAUGCUGUACAGGGACCUGGUCAACAACAGGAAGGACCAGUCUCUGGUGCUGCUGGGCAGGAGUGGGAGCGGCAAGACAACCAACGCCCAGCACAUCAUGCACUACCUCAUCACUGCUGCUGGCAAUGUUAACAGUGUCUUCUCAGUGGAGAAACUUGGCUGUGUGUACACACUCCUCCAUGCUUUUGGCAACAGUCGGACUGCUCUCAAUGUCAAUGCCAGCAGGUUCACACAGAUCUUCACUCUAGACUUUGAUAACUCAGGACAGAUUGGGUCAGCAUCAGUGCAGAUGCUGAUGUUUGAGAAGACGAGAAUGGUAAAGAGACCAGAGGGAGAACCCACCUUCAGCAUCUUCUACCAGCUGUUGGCUGGGGCAGACACUAACCUGAGGACUGAGCUCCAACUCCAGAAUCUGACAGAAUCCAACCUGUUUAUGACAGCACCACAAAAGACUGAGGACAAGCAAAGGUUUUCUGAGGCUUGGGCUAAAGUUUUGCAAUCUUUUGACACCCUAAGCUUCACUGCAGAGGAGGUCAAGGCCAUCUUGUCCGUGCUGGCGGCCAUCUAUCACCUGGGCAGUGCAGGUGCUACUAAAGGCCCAAACAACAAAGCCCAGUUUGCCAAGCCUGCAGCCUCGCAGAGAGCAGCCGCCCUGCUGGGUACCACAGUGGAGGAGCUGAGCAAGUCUAUUUUCUCUAGCGGGGGCUCGUCCACACUCACACGAAGCACCUCACUCAGGUGGCGGCCCAGCUACCUACCAUCUGAUGCCAACGCCACACCCCAGGAAUGUCUUGAAGGUUUUGUUGUCGGCCUCUACUCCGAUGUGUUCAGUGCUAUUGUCACACUCAUUAACAGGUCCCUAUCCUCCAAUGUUCGAGCACUAAACUCAGUGACCAUAGUGGACUGUCCAGGAUUCCAGAGCCUGCCUGUAGGAGGAGGGCGUAACUCUGGGGCCACCUUUGAAGACCUGUGCCACAACUACACCAACGAGAGGCUGCAGGCUUUUUUCCAUGAGGUUACCCUGUCCACCCCCCAGGACAGGUAUAGGGAGGAGGACAUAGAGCUGGAUGUUGAGAUGUUACCCACCAAUGUGUCUGGUAUAGUCAGUCUGUUAGACAAGCCACCACAGCAGGGACUUAUGAGAGCCACGUCUGGAGACAGCAAGAAUCCAGACAAGAAAGGUCUGCUGUGGAUCCUGGACGAGGAGGCCGUGUACCCUGGGGCCAGUGAGGACAGCUUCAUGGAGCGCCUGCUUCAGCACCACAGUGAGCAGCCUGUCAGAAAGGACAGCCUCCUGCGUAAAGGUUCACUGGGCCACACCUUUAUCCUGAACCACAACAUGGGCACCACCCCUGUACAGUACAACGCCCAGGGCUGGCUCAAGGCCUGCAGGGAGAACCCCAUGACCAGGAACGCCAGUCUGGUCCUUCAGGACUCCAAAAAACCCAAUUUGGCCCAGUUGUUUACAAGUUUGAAAGGUCAAAGUGCAGGCAUUGUCAGUGGGUCAGUUGUAGGUAUGGAAGGUUCCACUUCACUCAGGAGGGUAGGCAGCAUGAGGAGGACUUUCAUCUCAGGCCAAGCAGGUCUGAAGAAGAAAUCUGUUUGUCUGCAGGUCAAGUUUAAUGUGGACUCAAUACUGGACAUCCUGAAGAAGACCAACGUCCACUUCAUCCAUUGCAUCCUGCCCAACCAGAACGUGUCCCUGGGGGAGACGGACAACCUGAUGAACGUCCCCCUGGUCAGGAGCCAGCUGCGGGGCUUUGAGAUCCUGGAGGCCACCAGACUGUACCGCCAGGGGUUCCCUGACUCCAUGCUCUUCACAGACUUCAUCAACAAGUUCCGGCCCUUGGUGCCGGGGCUGAAGGGGGGCAACGGGGAGGGGGAGGAGAAGCUGAAUGUGAAUGCCAUCCUUGACCAUCUGGACAUAGACAAGCUCAGCUACCGUGUGGGACACACUAGGGUAUUUUUCCGCCCUGGCUGUCUGACCCAGCUGGACCUCAACAGAGAUGAGAAGUUUACUGGCAUCAUAGAGCAGUUCCAGGCACUGUGUCGGGGCUAUCUGGGCAGGAAGAAGAUGGAGAAAAUCAAGGUCCAGCACACAGCAAUACGUUGUAUACAGAGGAAUGUACGCAAGUACAUACAGAUCAGGGAGUGGGAGUGGUGGAGGCUGUACACAAAAGUGAAACCUAUUUUAAAUGUACACAGGACAGAGGAGGAACUCAAGGAAAAGGAGGCUGAGAUAGAACUGCUGAAAGCCCGCAAUGAGAAGCUGGAGAAAGAGAGGGCUGAGUACAAGACACAGUGUGAUAAACUGGAGAACAGGUUGGCAGAAGUGAGUGCAGAUCUAGCAGAAGAGAACACCACAUCCACUGAGGCAGCCGAGCUGCUGGAGGCGGAGUCUGCUGAGAGGAUGCGACUGGAGAAAGAGUUCAAAGACCUGCAGAGCAAGUUCACAGCCAGCAAGAGACAGAUAGAGAAACUUCAGAUGGAGCUGAUGCAGACAAGGUUGUGGCAGGCAGAGGCUGUUGAGGAUGAGCAGGAGGGGGAGAGAGAAGAAGAUUCAGUGUACAAACCAAGAUACGAGAGGGCAAUGAAGGAGCUCCAGAUCACCAAGAAACAGAUGCAGCAACACCAUGAGGAGGAGAUGGAGCAGGAGCUUCAGUCUCGCAAGUUGAUAGAGAAAAGGCUUCACGAGGCCGUGGCUGAAGCAGAAGAACAGCGUCGUCAGGUGCAGGUUGCCAAGAAAAAGUCCCAACGCCUGACAGCAGAGAUGCAGGACAUGAAGCUCCACCUGGAGGAACAAAUGGCCAGGAACAACGAGCUGGAGAGAAAACAGAGAAGGUUUGACAACGAGCUAAGUAUGGCCCAUGAAGACGCCAGAGAAGAGAAGGCCGCCAGAGAUAAACUACAGAGAGAAAAAGAUCAUUUGCUCUCAGAGAAGUACUCACUGGAGCAGAACCUGGAGCAUAGCAAGCAGGAGCUCCACAGCCUACAGGACAAGUGUGAGCGCCUGGAGAAGGAGAUGAACGACCUGCUGGUCACUGGCAAGGACAACAACGAGUCUAUCUCUACUGAGCAGGCUGUUAUCCUGAAGAGACAGAAGCACGAGCUGGAGGUCAAGCUCCAGGAACAGGAGGAGGAACUAGAUGACCAGGCUGGUCAGAUCCAGCAGCUAGAGCAGACCAAACUCCGUCUUGAGAUGAACCUAGAGAAGAGCAAACAGCAGCACUCAAAGGAGUUGGAGGAGAAGGAUGAGGAGAUGGAGGAGAUGAAGUACAAGACACAGAAGAAGCUGCGUCAACUGGAGGGACAGCUGGAGGAGGAGUACGAGCAGAAGAGGAGGAUACAGGAGGAGAAGGCCCAGCUGGAGAGACAGCUCCAGGCUUGUGGCAGCCGGGAGCCACAGAGGGACAGAGAAUCAGAAAAACGUCUGCGACGCAACCUGCGGAAGACGCGAGCCCUGCUCAAUGACGCUGGCGCUGCCCUGAUGAAGCAGAAGGACAUCGAGGGAGCCAAGGCACAACUGGUUGCCCUGCGCAACCAGCUGGAUGACUCUGAGUUUGCAUCUGCUGCAGCGGUCAAGGCCAAGAAGAGGAUGGAGCUAGAGAUGCAGGAGCUACAGCAGCAGAUUGAUGACCUGACACGUGCCAAACAAGAGGCUGAGUCUAAGUGCAUGCUGCUACUGAGGGAGAAGACAGACGUACAGAGCAGGCUGGAGGAGCUAGAGGAGGACAUGAACGAGGUCAUGAAGAAAUACAAGGCAUCAGUACAACAGCAAUCAGUUGAUCAGAUCACACUGACUGACCAGAUGGUCCAGAUAGAAGAACUGACCACAGAGAGAGACAGGUUCAAGCAGGAGGUGUCAGACCUCCAGUCCCGUGUCCAGACCUAUGAUGAGACCAUGGUGGACAAGCACAAGGUGGAGAGGCUGGAGACCAAGAUCAGGGACCUGGAGAGUAGGCUGGAACUGGAGACUACCACCAAACAGAGGCUGGAGGGCCAGGUGAGCCGACUGAAAGAACAGAUAGAACGUCUGACCACAGAGAAGGAGGACCUGAACUUGGCCAAGCUGUCAGCUGACGAGGCCAACAAGAGGACACAGAAACAGCUGCGAGAGCUGAGGGAGGAGUUCGGGGAGGUCCAGAAACGGGAGCUGGAGGCUGCACAGAAGAAGAAGGAGUUGGAAACGCGUGUAGAGGACCUGGAGUCUGAACAAGUCCAGCACCAGUCUGACCUCAAGCUGGCCCUCAAGAGGAUCACUGACCUGCAGGCAGCUCUGGAGGAGGACCUGGACAGUGACAGUGACGUCUUGCUCUCUGACAGUGAUGAUGACGAUGAUGGGUCCUCUGAUGAAGAAGCGUAUGUGGCCAACCAUAGAAAAGAAAAUGAUCAUCACACAAGGAAUUCUCAUGUAGCCAACACAGGUGAGGCCUAGCCCUAGAUGUCCAAGAGAAGACAACUCUAGUAUUUUUUUUCAUUUCCUACCAAACAACUGACGUGUUUGAACUGCAGUGACGGCCCUUGAGUCCCACUUGGUGGAUAUUCAGCUCUAUAAGCAGAUGGUCAUUUCUUGUAAGGGGAGAGCACUGGUUAAACAAAAGGGGAGAGAAUUCCUCAAUGGGAAGUAACCCAUGUGGGACUAUUUUUUUUUUCUCAGGAAGUUUAAUCAUAUCUGGUGCUAACAUUUUUUUUUUCCUGUAACUCCUGCGCUUGAUUAAAUAUGCUACAUCAAGUCGCAGGUUCGAAUUCCACUCAGGAUGCACUAACAAAUGAGACGAUGUGAAGGGGUUAACAAAAACGUCACUGGUAUAAUUCUCAUUCCUAAUGUUCAUGUUGUUUUGUUUUUUUUAAUUGACGAUUUAAUGUCAUUAUGAGCCAGAACUAACCAGCCUAAGGAACUCAUGGAGUUCUUGAAUGUUUCAUAUCACAAUAUAUUUUCUAUCUCUUGUAAGCCUGCUUGACUUAUUCAUCUCUUAUUGUUGUAGAUGUUCACUGUACACCUACUAUUGGACAUGUCCCAUUUUUUAAAAACUAUUGGUCGUUUUUUUUUUUGUUUCUUCAUGUAUGCUUUAGCCUGUGGUCAGUUGGGUGAAUGCCACUGGUCAGUUAUUCUGGCCAUUUGUCAGUGAUUUUGCGGUCAUUGAUUGUCAGCACCGUACGGUACUGUAUGACCCGUUGGUUAGUGCUUUUAUAAUAUGAAAUUGUUUUAAGAUAAUGAAGAAGUUGUUGAUUUUUUUUUUAUACUUGUAAUUGUUUUUUUCUAUAACUGAAAUAUUAUUUAUACUCAUUAUGUAUGGUGUAAACUUUAAGCCUAAUUUUUCUUGGAGGUAAAUAUUGCUGGGUAGAUUAUUUUUUUUCUGUUGAGAUAACCAAUAUACGUUUUGUAUGUUGGAAUCUAUGGGGUAACCAUGACAACAAGAGAGGAGAACCCCCUAGAGGGUUAAGUUUUUUCUUCUUCCAGGAUGUGCAAUAUUUAUGAUUUUUUUUUUUAAUUAAAAUUUUGGCAAGCCAAGAAGACGAAAUUGUGAUGUAGCUAUCAGCAUUAAUGAGACAGUGUUAAUUAGAUGUUAAUGAGGUAAAUUAGGCAAGUUUUCACCUGUAUUCCCCAUGUAACCAUAUCUACACCUGACAACUAGACAUAUCAGUCAUCUAAUCCAGACCUGACUUACAUACAUACAUCUAUUUGAUCUUUGAUUCUACUUAAGGCUACCUGUGGCUACAUGGCAUCCUGUGGCUGUAGUGGCUACAGGGCAUUCUGUGGCUACUGGCUACAAGUUAUUCACUGGUGAGGUAGUCUCUUAACUCAGAUAAAAAUUACUUAGUUAGAAACAUGUACAAAACUUAAUAAAGACCAGGGUGUUGAUUCUCUGG